GAUCAGUGCCAAAAUGUCCUUCAAUAUCCGUGACGUCGCAGUCCUGGUUGUAGACGGUGUACAGACAGUUGUAGUCACUGACGGGGACAAUCACUGCAUAACAUCGUUCUACACCAGAAAAAAGACGCCACGUUUCAGUACGGGUCGUGUGAAACAAUCUCCAUGGGGUGUAACACAGCUGAAAGAGAAGCAGGUGCUGGUUGAUGUCCCCGAAUCAUGUGAAAUUGUAACAGUGGGUGUCAGCCCUGGCCUGGCGCUGCUAUCAACCAUCACAACACGUACUGGGUACUACAGUCUCGCUGUUCUGAGUCCUUCAUCUCCAGCAGCAAGUACAGACUAUUGUGUUGAUAUCCUGGAUAUGUCGGGGCUCGUGUUGAGGUCAGUUAAUGCAUACAACAAUAUGCGACUAUUUACCUACCCCGACUACAUGUGUGUCAACAACAAGGGCAACAUAGUCGUGUCUGACUGGGAGAACAAGUCUGUGACAUGUCUAACAUCAGAGGGGGAUGUUGUGUGGAGAUACGCCCCUACCGGAGACAGAGCUCUCGGUGUUCCUCAUGGAAUUUCCACUGCCAGGACGGGAGACAUACUUCUGGUGGACAGUAAUUCCAACAAGGUCAUACAACUGACAGAGACGGGAGAGUUUGUCAGAGACCUGCUCACGUCAGACGGUAACGUGUCUGGCCUGAAGAGUAUUUUCUGUCAUGCACGCGAAUCCUUCUUUAUCUGUUGUAAUGCUGAAGUGAAGGAGUACAAAUGUAGUCGAUACUAAUUCGGUCGUGCUACAACGUGAGACCAAGACAACUGACAAAAAACAAGGUUUAGUCGAGAUCCAGGUCCAAGCAGGAUGAUAAGUAUCCGCUCAACAAACCAAGUCCUCAACAGGAUUGUGGACGAUAACAAUAGUAAUUAGUGUCAGAGUAUAAAACGAAAACUAUUGAAACUCACAAGGUACAUGUUCCAUGUCACAACGUUUAGCUUACUAAAUAUAUAUAUACAAUUACUCUCUGUAAAAUAGUAGUAUAUGAAGCAUAAAUAAAGAUGACACUACAAUUCCGACCAAACCCAUAAUGGUAUUGCAGUGUUGGAGGACUGUUGUGAGAGACAUGAUGUUAUUUCUUCAGGGCACGCAAUUUUGUUUGGAAAGGAGAAUCCGAACAAUUUAUUUUUUCACAAUGCUUUUUUUUCAGGACACACAGAGAACAAUUUUUUGUGAUAAAAUCUGAUAAAUAAUUACUUCUUUAACAUUUAUUCAAAUGGUUCAAGAAUUUGUCUUCAAAAUGCAUCCUCUUUUUCUUUGUUUCUGAAAAACCAUGUCGUUUUAUUCGUCAUAAUGGGCUGCGAGGUCGUUAUACGUAAUAAUCACGUCAUUGAUAAUUAUUGGUUUUAUACUAUGUCCAUGCACGCAAGUCGCAAAUUGUUUGCCUGGCUUCAUUAUCUGUAUGUUAUUUACCUGUGUUUAUCAUCUAUGUAGUAGUUACCUGUAUUCAUCAUCUUUGUAGUAUUUACCUGUAUCCAUUUUCUGUCUACUAUCUAUAUUCCCUAUCUGUGUAGUAUUUACCUGGCUUUGUCAUAUAUGUAGUAUGUGCCUAACUUCGUCAUAUAUGUGAAAAAGUGAUAUAUUUGAUGAAUAAAGUGGACACAAAUAUU